CGCAUUGCUCGAUCCCACAAACACGUACUGAUAAAUCAUUUCUUCUCAGACACAAGUUACAACACAUCCUUCCCUCCUUCUCUAGACUAAAUAAAUUGCUAAAACACACACAACUAAUACAUUUUGUUCUGUCCCUCUUUUGACUUGGAAGGACUUGAGGCUUCUAGCAGUGAUUUUAAUUCGAUAUUUUAGGUAUUGGAACUACAUGUCAAUGCAAAAUAGACAAAAUAUGGCGAAUGCAGCAGCUAUUGCUGAAAGGGCUACGAGUGAUUCGCUGAUUGGUCCAGAUUGGGCAGUGAAUAUAGAGCUAUGCGAUUUAAUAAACAUGGAUCCCGGGAGGCAAGCCAAGGAUGCGUUGAAGAUACUCAAGAAAAAAUUGGGGAAUAAAAGCCCUAAAAUACAGCUCCUUGCACUGUUUGUACUGGAGACUCUAAGCAAAAAUUGCGGGGAACAUGUGUUUCAACAGAUUGCUGAGCGGGAUAUCUUACACGAUAUGGUCAAAAUUGUUAGAAAGAAGCCCGAUUUAAACGUGAGGGAGAAGAUCCUGAUUCUGAUUGAUACCUGGCAAGAGGCUUUAGGGGGGCCGGGAGGAAGGUUUCCCCAAUAUUUUGCUGCUUACAACGAAUUAAAGUCUGCUGGAGUAGAUUUCCCACCUCGAGAGGAAAAUAGUGUUCCAUUGUUCACUCCUCCUCAAACACAUCCAAUAGUUCAACCUACUUCUCCAUAUGAGGAAGCAGCUGUUCAAGCCUCUCUCGAAUCUGAUGCUUCUGGACUCAGCUUGCCAGAGAUGCAAAAUGCGGAGGGAAUUGCGGAUGUUCUUAUGGAAAUGCUGACCGCCUUGGAUCCAAAUAAUCCUCAGGGAUUGAAGGAUGAGAUCAUUGUCGACCUAAUUGAUCAGUGUCGUUCAUACCAAAAGCGAGUCAUGGUUCUUGUGAAUAAUACUGUAGAUGAAGACCUUUUGUGCAAGGGCUUGGCUUUGAAUGAUAACUUGCAGCGAGUUGUCAGUAGACAUGAUGACAUCUCCAAAGGGACUCUAGGAGCUUCAGUGAUGAGUACAGAAACUCCAGUCGCACCUCUUAUGAAUGUGAAUCACGAAGAUGAAGAGUCGGAAGAUGAUUUUGCACCGUUAGCGCGCAGAUCGUUGAGGGAUACUUCACAAGGGCUGGACAAGAAACCGACAGUUGUCAAGAACGACGUGAGCCCUUUUCUUCGUCCUCAACCAUCAUCCAAGAGCCCUGUUAGUUCAGAUUCUUCUACGGUCGACUAUCUCAGUGGUGACACCUAUGAGGCAGAACGAUCCUCCAGAGCAUCGGGAUCUGCAGGUACUCCGGUGCCAGCUCAUUCAAGCAGCAGCCAAAAGUCGAUUCCUCCUCCACAGAAUCCGACAGUGUCUUCUCCCUCCGAUGAUUUUAUCAACCCCACUGCAUCAAUGUUCGCUCCAACACCAGCGUAUGACGAACCUGCCCCUGCAAGCAAAUCGGCCGACAGUUUGCCCUCAGCUCCUUGGGAUGUUCCACCUGGAAACCUCCCACCUCCACCUUCAAGGUACAACCAGAGGCAACAGUUUUUUGAGCAAGGCCAUACCCCCGGUAAUGGGCCAUCUCAUUCGAGUAGUGGAUCGGGAUCUUCGUAUGACAGCUUAGUCGGGCAAACCCAGAAUCUCUCAAUCAAACCACCAGCUCAAUCUAAGCCAGAGAAAAGCGAAGAUGCCCUCUUCAGAGACCUUGUUGAUUUCGCUAAGUCCAAGUCGUCCUCACCCAAACCGAACCGGUCUUAUUAGGGGAAAUACCGUGCACAGAUUGCUUGCUGUCUGCAUAGUGCAUAUAUAUUAUGUUUGGACCUCUGUCUAUGACAUUGUGUUUCUCUUUUUUUGUUAUUUACAUUUGUUAAUAUACUUCAAUUCGGCUUCUAUUGUUCAACACUUGAAACGUUUCUCUUUUUUA